UGUCUGUUCAUUUACUAAUCCAGUAUUUAAGCUGGUAACUUAUCUGAUUCAACAAUAUAAUCGUUUUGUCAUGUUGUGGCUGCUCGUCAUUAGCAUCAAAUAUAAUGUUACGAAACUCUAACGGCAAUAAUAAUACUCGAAUUGAUACGUCCUCUGUAUGCACAUCGGAUCAUCAAAUAACAAAUAUCGAUAACAGCAUAUCGCCGAGUACAUUGUCCGUUGAUCAUAAUCGAAUAUUUAAUAAUGAUAAAACAAAUAAAAUUGUUGUCGAUGAUGGUAAUGAUGAUAGAAAUAAUAUCAUCAUACAUAGACAAUCGUUUGGUGAUGAUGUACGAUCGAAUAAUAUGAAUGCGAGUCAUGCUCAAUUUCAUUUGUUACCCCAGCAUCCGAAACCAUCGCCUACACAUUCGCAUCAUUCGACCGCAUCAACGACAACAUUAUCGUCAUCAGCAGCAGGGUUGAAGCCGACACAUCGCCGUGGAUACAGCCAUGGUUCAUAUAGUACGCUAAAUCCUCAAUUGAUUAGGGAUAUUCUAUCCUCCUCAUCGACCAGCACUAAUCACCAUCAUUCACAUCUGCCACCACCAGCACCGCAAUCAAAUCAUUUAUCACUGAACCGCGCGCUUAACAAUUUAGAAUCAUCACAUAGCAGUGAUAAUCGAAAUCGGAAUUUUUUAUUGAAUCCAACGGAAAUGACCACAACAACAUCCGGAUCGAUAAUGAAAUCUAGUUCAAGUGAUCAGGUCGAUUCAGGUGCGGAACAAACAGCUGCUCCGCCAUCUACUACUCUGACUCCGAAUGAUGAAACUAAACGUGCUAUCGCCGAAAUCGAACAGAAAAUUCGUAAAUAUAAGAAAAAAAUCGCUCAAGAACAAAUAAACUGUAAUGAUAAUGUAAAUGAAUAUCUCAAGUUGACAUCGAGUGCUCAACCCAAUCAAAGUCAACGGUUAAAAACGGUGUUCGAAAAGAAAAACCAAAGAUCUUCGCAGAAGAUUGCCCGUUGUCAGAAAAAGAUGAAUCGUUUGGAUCAGGAACUUGAACGAAUAAAGAAUGGUGGUAUUUAUCAUCGUCAUCCCAAAGAAAGACUUCGAGAUGUUGGAACAAACAUUAAAGAAGGCAUCAGUGGUCUUUCCGGAGGCGUAAUCGAAGGCAUCAAAUCCGGCAUUCAUACAGCCGGAGAAACUGUGAUUACUAAACCGAAAGAAUUUUUCAAACGAACCACUGUCGAUAAUGCAGAAAAGAAUAGUAUGGAGCAAGAACCGACCAGUACAUUUGUUACAUAUUUGAUUGAUUCGGAAGUGUCUCAACAUCCCUCAAAUAUUACUGGCGGUGUAAGUGGAAAUGUCGGGAUGUUCAAUUCAAAUAGUCAUUCACAUAGUCAUAGUACAAAAUGUACAUCAGAUGAUGAUGAUGAGAGUUCAAGUAUUACAUCGGAAUCUGGUCAAUUGGGAGUUAUCAAUAGCCAUACCAAUAGUGCUCAUUACAGUAGCAGUCCAUUACGAAUGAAACCUUUUAAACGAUAUUAUACUGUUGCUGAUAUUGAUCAACUACGAAAUCGUAUCGAUGAACGAACGCAAGAUUGUUUACGUUUUGGCGAAGAAAUCGAUACACUAAAAAAUCAGUUUCAAUCCGAAUGUUUACUGUUUAAUCAAACGCUUCAGGAUGAAAAAUAUCGAGUUGAGAGAUUAGAAGAGCAGCUUAAUGAUUUGACCGAGCUCCAUCAAAAAGAAAUUGAAAAUCUCAAACAAACAAUUUCUGAUCUUGAGGAAAAAAUCCAAUAUCAAACCGAUGAACGACAUCGGGAUGUUCAUGAAAUGUUGGAAAGUUUUCAGACAAGGAUAUCACGAAUGGAGCAUCAGCAACACCAACAUUUACAACAAUUGGUCAAUCUUGACUCAUUGGAUAAUUCGAAUGCUCGUGCACUCGUACUUAAACUAAUUAAUGUUCUGUUGACCGUUUUACAAGUUAUUUUAUUGUUGGUCGCAACCGUUGCUAACAUUUUAGCACCAUUUCUGCAGACACGAGCUCGAAUAUUUACUAGUGUAUUUGUAAUCAUAAUGUUCACAUUCGUCUUUCAACAUUGGCCCGAAUUAGAUAUGUGGACAAGACGAAAAAUUUAUGAUAAUUGUCUAUACGUAUUGGAUUUGUUUCCAUUCCUUUCAUCAUCAUCGUUUGGAGUCAAUGCCUAUUCAAAUCGACUAGCAGUCACGUAGCAUCACUAUUUCUCUGGAUCAGGCAUUUAAUCAAUCGACCCAACAAUAAUACAAGAAUCAUGCCAUUCAAUUCCUGUUCAUUCGACAAAUCUUCGUUUGAUUUGAAUCUUCUUGAUUUCAAUAGUGAUAUGUUUUCUUUCUUGCUUUUUCGGUGUGAUAACUUCAUAUUCACUAAUCACUCAAUCACUCUGGUCUCAUUCAAAAUUGAUGAUCAAUUUACCCACAAUCGUCAACCGAAUCAACAAAAAAUCUCUUUUCACGACAAAAAUGACUAGCUUUAUCACGAUAAAAAA